UGACAGUCACCUGACUAAAACAAAUUCGUGUUGGUUCCUGUAUGCUAACCGAAUGGAGUAGGAUAGCCACUCAAAAUAACGUUUGACUGAAAGGUUUAGGUAGUUAUUUGGCCACUUGAAGACAUGCAGAUUGUUACGCCUAUAGUAUUUCUGUAGCUAGUACGGCUAGAAAGCUAAGUCAUUGACCACACUGAUAUUUGUCUUGGAGUAGGAAUAAAAUGCAUCAAACGGCGGCUAUGAUCAGUGGGAUCCAGAGGAUGGUUUUGUAUGAAACCAGAGCAAGGUAUUUUUUGGUUGGAAGCAAUCAGGCUCAGACCAAACAUCGUGUUUUGAAGAUUGACCGCACUGAACCCAAGGACUUGGUGAUAAUUGAUGAUAAGCACGUAUAUAGCCAGCAGGAGGUGCGGGAGUUGCUGAGCCGUCUGGACCUCGGCAACCGCACAAAAAUUGGCCAAAAGGGUUCCUCAGGCCUAUCCAGAGCUGUCUCAGCUUUUGGCAUUGUGGGUUUUGUUCGUUUUCUCGAGGGGUACUAUAUUGUGCUGAUCACCAAGCGCAGAAAGAUGGCUGAUAUCGGUGGCCAAUCCAUUUACAAAAUUGAAGACACCACCAUGAUCUACAUUCCAAACGACUCAGUCAGAGUUAGUCAUCCUGAUGAAGCAAGAUAUGUGCGAAUCUUCCAGAAUGUUGACCUUUCCAGCAACUUCUACUUCAGCUACAGCUACGACCUGAGCCACUCUCUCCAGUACAACCUGACAUUGCUCCAGAGACCUUACGACCUGUGGUCGUCGGCAGCUUCCUCAACUGAGGAGCGAGUACAGGGCAAGAGCAAGCAGGACAGUUUUGACAUCUUUGAAGAUGAGGGUUUGCCUACGCAAGUGGUUUAUGGCCUCCAGAACGAGCCGUACUAUAAGUAUGUAUGGAACGGGAAGCUCCUGGAGCGAAUCAAGGACAUUGUGCAUCCCGACUGGCUCAUGUAUAUAAUCCAUGGCUUUUGUGGCCAGUCCAAGCUGCUUAUCUACGGUCGACCGGUACACAUCACCCUCAUUGCAAGACGCUCCAGUAAAUUUGCUGGAACCCGCUUCCUGAAAAGAGGUGCCAACUGUGAGGGGGAUGUGGCUAAUGAGGUAGAGACUGAACAGAUAGUCCAUGAUGCCUCAGUUAUGUCUUUCACCGCAGGAAGCUACUCCUCAUAUGUCCAGGUCAGAGGUUCAGUCCCUCUGUACUGGUCCCAGGACAUCUCCACCAUGAUGCCUAAACCCCCAAUAAGACUAGACCAAGCAGACCCAUAUGCCCAUGUUGCUGCCCUCCAUUUUGACCAGAUGCUACAGCGGUUUGGCUCACCUAUCAUCAUCCUCAAUUUAGUUAAGAAACGUGAAAAAAGGAAACAUGAGAAGAUUCUGAGUGAAGAGCUAUACCCAGCUGUGAUCAACCUCAAUCAGUUCCUUCCUCCAGAACACUGCAUUGACUACAUUGCUUGGGACAUGGCGCGUUACACCAAAAGCAAGUUGUGCAAUGUGCUGGACCGCUUGAGUAUGAUAGCAGAAAACGUGGUCAAGCGAACAGGUUUCUUCAUCAAUCGCUCUGACUUCUACUGUCACACCCUCAGACCAGAUGACAGGUGGGGAGAUGUCGGUGGAUACAAUACGUCUAGUGGAAGACUGCAGACUGGUGUGCUUCGGACUAACUGUGUGGACUGUCUGGAUCGGACCAAUACAGCCCAGUUCAUGGUGGGAAAGUGUGCACUGGCCUAUCAGCUUUACGCCCUUGGAAUGAUUGACAAGCCAAAGCUACAGUUUGAUACUGACUGUGUGAGGUUGUUUGAGGAGCUGUACGAGGACCAUGGAGACACUCUAUCCCUGCAGUACGGUGGCUCUCAGCUGGUCCACAGGGUGAAGACCUACCGCAAGAUCGCACCCUGGACACAGCACUCUAAAGAUAUCAUGCAGACUCUGUCACGGUACUACAGCAAUGCUUUCUCAGAUGCGGACAGACAAGAUGCCAUCAACUUGUUCCUCCAGGUAUACCAGCCCACAGAGUGUAAGCCACACCUGUGGGAGCUGCCCACAGACUUCUAUCUGCAUCAGAAGAGCACCAUGGCCAUCCCCUAUGACAGACGCAGUUACACACUUUGGUGGUCUGAAGGAGUCCUGUCUUACCUUCCUGUUCCCUUUGAUGAAGUCGCCUGCGAGGAAACAAUGAAAAAGGUCAAAGUGAAGAGAGUGAACCGCUUUGAUGAAAGCAUUGACAUCUACACAGAAUUCUUCAAACCGUACGAGCUCACGUCCUUCGAUGACACUUUCUGCAUUGCCAUGACCAACUCUGCAAGGGAAUUCAUGCCAAAGUCGGUGGGAGUGGAUCCAAGUCCGUUUACAGUUCGCAAGCCAGAGGAAACGGGGAAAUCAGUGCUGGGCAGCAAGAGCAACAAGGAGGAGACAGUCCUCCAGAGGAAGACAGCAGCCAGUGCACCUCCGCCUCCAACUGAGGAGGCCAUCUCCAGCACCUCAGAGGACGACUCUGAGGAGGACAGGGACGAUGAGGGGUCCGUGUCUCAGCGCUCCACCCCGAUCAAGCUGUUGACUGAUUCGGGCGAGAGCACUCGCACAUACGAGGAGAUGUCAUCACAUCAAACAGUUAAGGAGCCUUACGGACUUAAUCUGGCUGCAUUUCCUGCUCAGGACGACCUGCUCGUUUACGAAAGGUUUGCUCGUCUCGGGGAGAGCCAGCACACAGUGGAGAGAACCGAAUGCAUCAACUUGGCAAACAUAAUUUGUUUAGAUCCGGUUUCCCGCUUUCCAGAGGACAGCAUCUACAGCAUUUCUCCUCCACAGGUGGACAGAGACAGUCGCAACGUGUUCGAGAGCCAUGUGCUGACGGGGCAGGGCCAGGUGAGGGCGCUGUGCAGAGAGGACAUGCUGAUGUAUAGGGAGUACAUCAAAAACAGAUACAUGUGACACGUGGCAAAUGCCUAGAAGGUCAGCGGCAGUAGCAUUCCAACUAUAGAACGAUGGAAGAUGUGUCAUCCUUUUGAUUGAAAGGAGGACUAGAAAAAAAUUCCUGGUGUUUUUUUUCAAUGAACAAGAUAAUGUAGUGUAAAACAUCCACAUGCGCCUGUAUCUGGACUGAAUAAAGACAAAAAUAACAAAAAGAUUUUUGUUUUAAAUUGAUAUCAUGUUCUGAUUAACUGUCAACUAAACAUCAGUCUUUUAAAAGUCUAGCAGCCUUUUCGCUGAUUUCAUUGUUUUUACAAAAAACAUUUCGCACUGUGUCAGAUAAUUAGGCAGCAGCUAUUUGAAUCAUAUAGUUUGAAUCUUAAACGUUGGAACCAUAUUCUGUGCUCUGGACCAGCUCCAUCAUGUGUCAUUUGACUCUGGAGGGCUUGAAGAAAGGACUUUUAUCACAAAGAGUACUUUACAGACUUGUUUUCUUCUUUCAUACCAUCUUUUGUUGAAUUAUAUGAAAGUCUGUUGUGCCUUUAAUUAUUAUUUGUUUUAUUGUAAUGUUUAAUUGCAUUUUUAUAUUUGUUAUUGUGUUUUUCUUUGUUUUCAAGGACAGCCCUAAUUUGAUUUACCAACUUUUUAUUUUUAUAACAGAAGAGUUACAACAGUUGUCAAAGUUACACUCUGAUUUUAGUUUGUAUAAAUGGAAUGAUGAGAUAUCAAUAUUAAAUUAAACAUCC